GAGGAGGAGAAAGAAGAGGAGGAGGAGGAGGAGAAAGAGGAGGAGGAGGUGAACAACUUACCUUGCUGAGCUUUCUUUGGGGAAUACGUGCAUCAGGAUUUAGAUCUGCAUGUAAAAUCUAUACAAAGUAUCUGCCACUACAAGUCUGACUCUCCUCUCUACCACCAUCGUUUUUUUUUUUUUUCUUUCCCUUUUCUCUGCUGUGUCAGAAAGACCGAGACAGAACUAUCUCUGUUUCUGGCUCCACUGCCAGUGAAGGAGUUUUCAUUCAGACUUUCCGAAGAGAGGUGGAGAAACCUAAAGACUCGGGAGAAGAAGAGGUCCUUUGAGCCAGAUGGGGCAUUAGUUCUUCUGCUUUGCUCAGCAUGGAUAAACCUUUUCUUGAAGGAUUUUCUGAUGUGCCCUAAGGUCCAUGUAACUACAAGGGCUCUUUAUCACCAUAAGUGCCACCCUGAUCCGAAACCACUCAGAACUCAAGCAUCGAGGCACCAUGGAUGCCGCAGUGGCAGAUGAUUGCCAGCAAAUCCUGCCUAUUGAACAGCUGCGCUCUACUCAUGCUAGCAAUGAUUAUGUGGACCGUCCUCCAGUGCCCUGUAAACAGGCCCUCUCCAGCCCUUCCCUUAUUGUGCACACCCACAAAUCUGAUUGGUCCCUGGCUACUAUGCCUACUGCCCUCCCCCGCAGUCUCAGCCAGUGCCAUCAAUUGCAGCCCUUGCCUCAGCAUCUGAGCCAAUCUAGCAUUGCCAGCUCAAUGUCCCAUAGCACCACUGCCUCUGAUCAAAGGCUCUUGGCCAGCAUCACACCCUCACCUUCAGGCCAGUCCAUCAUCCGAACGCAGCCUGGAACAGGAGCCCACCCAAAGGCUGAUGGUGCUCUGAAGGGAGAAGCUGAGCCAUCUGCAGAGCACCCCAGUGAGCACCUCUUCAUCUGCGAGGAGUGUGGGCGCUGCAAAUGUGUCCUCUGUACGGCAGCUCGCCCUCUCCCCUCCUGCUGGCUGUGCAACCAACGCUGCCUUUGCUCUGCUGAGAGCCUCCUUGAUUAUGGCACUUGUCUCUGCUGUGUUAAGGGCCUCUUCUACCACUGUUCCACUGAUGAUGAAGACAACUGCGCUGAUGAGCCCUGCUCCUGUGGGCCUGGCUCUUGCUUUGUCCGCUGGGCAGCGAUGAGCCUCAUCUCCCUCUUCUUACCCUGCCUGUGCUGCUACCUGCCUACCCGUGGAUGCCUCCAUCUGUGCCAGCAGGGCUAUGAUAGCCUCAGGCGACCAGGCUGCCGCUGUAAAAGGCACACCAACACUGUGUGCCGAAAAAUCUCUUCUGGUAGUGCACCCUUCCCCAAGGCCCAGGAAAAGUCUGUAUGACCGUCCCACGAAAUGGAUCCGGAGCUUUCUCCUUCUAGCCCCCAUCCCUGAAGCAUAGGCUUCACCUUUGAAGAAGCGGGGCGGGGAGUAAAGUAGCCAAAGUCAAGUUCGGGCCUCCCCCAUUGUGUUCCUGCAGCGUUGGGGAAGGUCAGGUACACCUGCUGCAGGAUAUGCCUUGUUCUCUCUCACAGUAUCUGUCCUUUCCUCUUCGACCUUUUUACAUCCCACCAUCUCAGCCCCUACGGCUGUCAUGGCAAAUUCAGGUGAUAGAUAAGCAUGCGAUUUGGACACUGAGGACUGGCAGAGCCAGCAACGUGGAGGUUUAGGGGCUCCCCACGGCAGUGCCUCUCGGUGCAGGCUCUGAGCGUCACUCUGCUUUCCACAACGCCUCUGGAAGCUUUCUUCUUUUAGGUGGUUUUCGCAGGCGCGUGUGGAACAGCGUUCCAUAUUCCAGGGAAUCUGACCCCUGCUCUCCGUUUACUGCCCUUCUCUCCCCUCUCUCCUCUUCUUUCAGUACUCUGCUCUGUACUUCUUCCCACUUCAUUCUCACCCCCUCUGCUUUAACUUUUGCUCCCUUUUCUUUCUCUCUCCUUCCCUCACCCUCGCGCAGACUCAUCCUUGGUCUGCCUGUAUUUCGAUCUUGUUUGCCUUUCUUUGCCUUCUACUACCUGUCCCGUCCCCUUUCUCUCCUUAACAUGUCCAAGAGCGCUGGUUUUCCAUGGGUGUUUCCUUUGACGCCAAACUUUGCUAUGUUAUACUAUUUACUAAUUUGUAUUAAGGGAAAUGGGUUACUGUAAGGAACUGAUCACUAGCAAUAGUGUGUGUGCCCUCAUAACCACACGUACCAGUUUAUGAGCAUAUGAGGCAAACUUAUCUUACAUUUCCAGGUUUAAUUAGCAAAAUUUUAUUCCCUUUCCAAAAAAUCAACUUAGAAUACGGACAGAUUCCACUAGCAUGCUGAAUAGGAUAGUAAAUCAGGAUGCUCAUAACUUUGUAUGUCUGACCCAAGUGCCAAAGGCAGACGUGCUUUAUAGCGAAAUGAACAAAGCAAAGGAUAUUAGAGGUCUGUUCUCUCUUAGAAGCUAACUGCCCUGAGACUGCAUGGCUCAGGCCUUCAUAUUGGACAUAAAAAGUCAUAAAACUUUAGAGCUGGAAGGAGUCUUAACUGUCACUCUAGUUCAAUGCCCUUAUUUUACAGAUGGGAAAACUGAGGCCUGGAAAUAGAAAGGGUUUUGCCUAAGGCCACACACUGAGUUGAGAGAGUUAGGAUGAGAAUACAGGCAUUCUGACUCCUAGUUCAAUAUUCUCUUCAUUGCACCACAUUAGGUCACGGAAAAUCUCUCCUAGGACGCUGUUAACAAUGACAGAAAGCCGUUCCCAUUCAAUAUUCAGGAUUCAUGCCAAGCUAGUGUGGUGGUCUUUAUGCGCGGGGCAUAGCGGGUAGCUAAUUAACCAUCAGAUGUCAAGGCUGCCCCCAGUGGACAUCACCUUUGGCUCUGUCACCUUGUAAAAGCUCAAGUAUGGAAAAGAAAAUUUUAAGGAAGCCCUAACCAAGCUGUAUCUUCGCCAUUGCACCUACCCUUUGCUGCACAUACUGUGCUUGCUCCUCGCUUUGUCGGCAAUGGCAGUUGCCUGAGAACCUAAAUUUCAGCAACAGUGGAGAACUGAGAUGCAAGAUGUAUAUUGCAGAGAAUGGACUUGUUAAAAUAUACCAAGAGCCUGUGCUGUGAAUCCCCUACAGUGGGAAAAGGACUGCUGCUAAAAGACACAAGAAUUAGAUACAGUUUCCCUCUGUAAGUGAAUCCAAAAUUCACUAAGGAAUUCAAAGAUCGAGGGCACUUGCUUGAAAUCAAGGUGCUCCAACUUAGUUUAAGGCUUCCAGACUCUAACUUUAUAUAUCAUCAUCUCUUUUAAAGUGUGCAUGGAUAUGUAUUACAGGGUGGAGAGGUGGGGAGAAAUGUAUAGUCACACACAGGGGGAAGAAGAAUGGAACAUUAUGUCCCUUUGUUGGAUAUAUACUGUAGAAAUAUGUGCCACUCGGUCUGUAUUGGUUCUGAAUCUUCCUGAAGUGGACUGACAUUUGGGCUGCUUAGAGCCCCUCACCUUCACUUUCACCUCCUCUUCUAGAAUUGCUUUGCUCUAUUUUUGUAUAUAUAAAUAUGUUAUGAUGAUUAUUAACGAUGUUAAUGAUAUUGCUGCAAAUGGUGCCAUAUACAAGGUUUGGCUUCUUGGAACAUUUGUAAACCCAAACCAAUAUCUAUAAUCUCUUAUGUUGCUUUCAAGUCCUUUGAUUUUAAGUAACUUUUUUUUUUUUUUAUCUUACAAGUCUGCCUGGAUGACCUAUGAACGUAUCCAACCCUAAAAGCUGUGCCUAGUUCUCUGGGUCAAGCUGGAUGGUGAUGAGUAGCAACACACACUUCUCCUAGCUUCUGCCUGAAAUUUGCUUAAAGCUGAGAUAUAUAAGGAUUCUAUGUCACUAGUGCAUUGUUCCUGGAGCUAAAGUUAUUCUAUGGAUGUUCGCUCAUUAGUUUCAGGGCCCCAAAUAACACACAUCCCUCCUCCUUGAUAGCUACUUGCUGUCUCGAUCCUGCAGUCCUUACUCAGGCAAAUUGUGCACUGCCAGAGACGCCCUGGGCUCUGCCAUAUACCCAGUGGAGCUCUUCUCAGUGUAUUUUUCAAUGGCCUUACACUUGGUAGAAGAAACUGAAGGGUUACUCAGAUGCACUUGCAGUCUGCAAUCUGCUGCUGAGUCAGGGCUUUCACUUAUGUCCAAGUUGGCCUGAUAUGGACUGCAUCUGGUUUACGAAUAGAUGGGUCCUGUUGGGGUAUGUGCACAAACGUGAGUGAGUGUGCAUAUGCACCCCCUCUGUGAUAUAUAUAUAUAUAUAUAUAU